GUCCCGGGGGCGGGAGUCAGCUGAGCUGCCUGGGCGAGGUUGGGAUCUUCUCGAAUCGGCUAAGGGGAGCCAGUGAUCUUUUGGGGUGUGGAAGCGGAGUGUAGGACUGCGCCAGAUUCAAGGGGGAGGGCCCCCAGUCUUCUCGCUUUAUAAGGCGAGAACGAGAAAAUCCUCAGGAUUUUAAAGAGGAGGAGUGGGCGGCGGAUUACCACAAUCUGUCAACAGAUUCUCGUAGAGGCUGGGGAGACGCAGUUUCCAAUCCAGGGCGACGGGGAUCCCUGGGGGGAACCCUGUUGCAAUACCUGGGCCCGGGAGGGAGAUCCCAGAGACCGGGCACCAUGGCGUCCAUCCUGGAUGAAUACGAGGACUCCCUGUCCCGCUCAGCCGUCUUGCAGCCUGGCUGCCCCAGCGUGGGCAUCCCCCACUCCGGGUAUGUGAAUGCCCAGCUAGAGAAGGAAGUGCCCAUUUUCACGAAGCAGCGCAUUGACUUUACCCCUUCUGAGCGAAUUACCAGUCUUGUUGUCUCCUGCAAUCAGCUCUGCAUGAGCCUGGGCAAGGAUACACUACUCCGCAUUGACCUGGGCAAGGCCAAUGAACCCAACCAUGUGGAGCUGGGGCGCAAGGAUGAUGCCAAGGUUCACAAGAUGUUUCUGGACCACACUGGCUCUCACCUGCUGAUUGCUCUGAGCAGCACUGAGGUCCUCUAUGUGAACCGUAAUGGGCAGAAGGUACGACCACUGGCACGCUGGAAGGGGCAGCUGGUGGAGAGUGUGGGCUGGAACAAGGCACUGGGCACCGAGAGCAGCACGGGUCCCAUCCUGGUCGGCACCGCCCAAGGCCAGAUCUUCGAAGCGGAGCUCUCAGCCAGUGAGGGUGGGCUUUUCGGCCCUGCGCCAGACCUCUACUUCCGCCCGUUGUACGUACUCAACGAAGAAGGGGGUCCAGCCCCUGUGUGUGCCCUCGAGGCCGAGCGAGGCCCUGAUGGGCGUGGCUUUGUCAUUGCCACCACCCGGCAGCGCCUCUUCCAGUUCAUAGGGCGAGCAGCGGAGGGAGCCGAGGUUCAGGGCUUCUCUGGGCUCUUUGCUGCCUACGCGGACCACCCACCCCCAUUCCGUGAGUUCCCCAGCAGUCUGGGCUACAGUGAGUUGGCCUUCUAUACCCCAAAGUUGCGCUCCGCGCCACGGGCCUUCGCCUGGAUGAUGGGGGAUGGCGUGUUGUACGGAGCCCUGGACUGCGGGCGCCCCGAUUCCCUGCUGAGCGAGGAGCGAGUCUGGGAGUACCCAGAGGGGGUUGGUCCGGGAGCCAGCCCGCCCAUGGCUAUCGUCCUGACCCAGUUCCACUUCCUGCUGCUGCUGGCGGACCGCGUGGAGGCGGUGUGCACGCUGACGGGGCAGGUGGUGCUGCGGGAUCACUUCCUGGACAAGUUUGGGCCCCUGAGGCACAUGGUGAAGGACUCCUCCACGGGCCACCUGUGGGCCUACACCGAACGGGCCGUCUUCCGCUACCACGUUCAGCGGGAGGCCCGGGACGUCUGGCGCACCUACCUGGACAUGAACCGCUUCGACUUGGCCAAAGAGUACUGUCGAGAGCGGCCUGACUGCCUGGACACUGUCCUGGCCCGAGAGGCCGAGUUCUGCUUUCGCCAGCGUCGUUACCUGGAGAGCGCCCGCUGCUAUGCCCUGACCCAGAGCUACUUUGAGGAGAUUGCCCUGAAGUUCCUGGAGGCCCGUCAGGAGGAGGCCCUGGCUGAGUUCCUGCAGCGAAAACUGGCCGGUCUGAAGCCAGCAGAGCGCACCCAGGCCACGCUGCUUACCGCCUGGCUCACCGAGCUUUACCUGAGCCGGCUUGGGGCGCUGCAGGGUGAUCCUGAGGCCCUGAGCUUAUACCGGGAGACCCGGGAGCGCUUCCGGUCCUUCCUCAGCAGCCCCCGCCACAAGGAGUGGCUCUUCGCCAGCCGGGCUUCCAUCCACGAGCUGCUGGCCAGCCACGGGGACACGGAGCACAUGGUGUACUUCGCUGUGAUCAUGCAGGACUAUGAGCGCGUGGUGGCAUACCAUUGCCAGCACGAGGCCUACGAGGAGGCCCUGGCUGUGCUCGCUCGCCACCGUGACCCCCAGCUCUUCUACAAGUUCUCGCCCAUCCUCAUCCGUCACAUCCCUCGCCAGUUGGUGGACGCUUGGAUCGAGAUGGGCAGCCGGCUGGAUGCCCGGCAGCUCAUCCCUGCACUGGUGAACUACAGCCAGGGUGGCGAGGCCCAGCAGGUGAGCCAGGCCACCCGAUACAUGGAGUUCUGCGUCAAUGUGCUCGGCGAGACGGAGCAGGCGAUUCACAAUUACCUGCUGUCGCUGUAUGCCCGCAGCCAGCCGGCCUCGCUGCUGGCGUACCUGGAGCAGGCAGGCGCCAGCCCACACCGCGUACAUUACGACCUCAAGUACGCGCUGCGGCUCUGUGCAGAGCACGGCCACCACCGUGCCUGCGUUCACGUCUACAAGGUCCUGGAGCUGUACGAGGAGGCUGUGGACCUGGCCCUGCAGGUGGACGUGGACCUGGCCAAGCAGUGUGCCGACUUGCCAGAGGACGACGAGGAGCUGCGUAAGAAGCUGUGGCUGAAGAUCGCUCGGCACGUGGUGCAGGAGGAGGAGGACGUGCAGACGGCCAUGGCCUGCCUGGCCAGCUGCCCCCUGCUCAAGAUCGAGGACGUGCUGCCUUUCUUUCCGGACUUUGUCACCAUCGACCACUUCAAGGAGGCCAUCUGCAGCUCUCUCAAGGCCUACAACAACCACAUCCAGGAGCUGCAGCGGGAGAUGGAAGAGGCCACGGCCAGCGCCCAGCGUAUCCGGCGAGACCUGCAGGAGCUGCGGGGCCGCUAUGGCACCGUGGAGCCCCAGGACAAGUGCGCCACCUGUGACUUCCCUCUGCUCAACCGCCCUUUUUACCUUUUCCUCUGCGGCCACAUGUUCCAUGCUGACUGCUUGCUGCAGGCUGUGCGGCCUGGCCUGCCGGCCUACAAGCAGGCCCGGCUCGAGGAGUUGCAGCGGAAGUUGGGAGCCGCUCCAGCCCCUGCCAAGGGCUCCACCCGCACCAAGGAAGCCGAGGCAGGGGCUGCCACGGCGGGGCCUAGUCGGGAACAGCUCAAGGCUGACCUUGAUGAACUGGUGGCCGCCGAGUGCGUGUACUGUGGGGAGCUGAUGAUCCGCUCCAUUGACCGGCCCUUCAUUGACCCCCAGCGCUAUGAGGAGGAGCACCUCAGCUGGCUGUAGGAAGGAGGGUAUCACCCUGCUGGGUGGGCAGGUGGUCUGGGGCACAGCUGCCCCCUCUUGGGAAGGCCACAUCAUGGUACACGCUAAGUCGUCUGGAGACCGCUGGGCCAUGACGGUGUUGUGGAGAGUGGAAUUAGAGCUGUCGCUUGCGAGGUGUCAUCUGUGAGCACGUUCUGCCGCUGUCCGUGCUCCUCUUGAGAGCUGCUCUUAAAUCGGGCCAUCUGCCUGCCUCCCAAGAGAGGGCCUCAGCCUGGAGGAGUCAGAAUUCUGACCCUGUUGCCAUCCGCCCUCCAUCUAACAGCCCUGUUUUCCUCUCCACGGCCCACAGACAUCCUGUUCACCUUCUAGAGUGAGAGUACCAUUCUUCUUUUUCCCUCUGUGACCCUUCUUCCUCAGAGGACAGCCUCUCCUGUGUCUGCCCCUCGGUCCCAGAGUGAAAAGGCAGCCCCUCCCCGUCUUGGGCAUGGAGGGUGGGGAAGGAGGUGCCGGUGUAUACCUUCUGGGGCUCUGGGUGAGGGUGCCCUGGGGCAGAGGGCCUCGGGGUGGGGUGGGGGAUGGUGAUGGGGGUGGGGCACAUUAAACAGCCUGCACUGCACUGGGGGCUCUCGAGUUGAUGGCUUUGUGUCCAUGUUGGCCUGAGGGGCGUGUGGGUUUUCUCCAGGGGUGCUAUGGUGCCACAGGGUGGCUGCCAGAAGCCUGAACUCUUUCCAGCCUUGGCCCUCACUCCUUUGUCUGGAGAUGUGACCAGUUUUGUCAUUGUUGUGAUUUUUCUCACUUCCUUGUCCCAAGACUCCAUCCUCUCUGGCUCUAGGCUUCAGCUGGGCGUGAUGAUGGCCCACUGUCCUCUCAGACCAAGAACUAUUUUUUCCUUUGGCCAGCAGGUGGUGCUGCUCCCCACAGAAUCCUCCUCACCAGGACUGCUGGGGGGCACUGAUUUCUUGUCACUUUCUCCUUGGUCUGUUCCUCCCUAGUGUGUUCUGGGAAACUGCACUGCCUAACCAUGAAUCUAAGCCCUCAUCCUUCCUCCCUCCACUAGCCUGUAUGCGUGUUAGAUUUUGCUCCUCAUCUAAUUCCCAUGACCGACCCCCACCUCCACAUUACACGUUUUUAGCUGCGGCUACCCUAGAGAGCCCUGCAUUGAGGCCUUCCUGUGACAUCAGAGAGCAGCACCCUUUGCUCCAUGGACUGGGGUUCACAGUCCACUACUGGGCUCUAUAGGUGUGGUCUAUCAGCUGCCCAGAAUAAAACAAAGUAACAAGUGCGUGUUCCUGGAAUCAGGCUGAACACCUCCCCCUACCCCACCCCACCCCGCCUGGGUGGCUGGUGACUGCAGGCUUUUCUCUCCCUUGCAGAGUAGCCCUCUUCCAAGAUUUUUAGCUCCUGCAGUCCUGGUAGAGUCUUGCCCUUCUGAGUUCCCUAAUCACUAGAACAGGUGUCUCUUUGUGGCUUCUGCCAAUGGUCAGGCUAGAAACUGGCCGUCUUGAAUGAACCUCAGACUUUCCAUCUUCUGCCAGGAGCAAGAGGGAGCAAAUGUGGAAGGGGCUGGUAAUCUGGGUGGGUAGAGAGCAUUCUAACCCUGUUCCUUCUGUUCCAAGAUUUGGAGGGCUCUUGUUCCUCUUCCUCUUCCCAUGUGGCCUAAGGCUCCCCUCAUACCUAGACAUGCCCAGUAGAGAGCUAAGGGGUACUGUCCCCCACUGUCCGUAUCAGUCUAAACUUUGACCUGCCACUUGCAUAGUCACUUGCUUAGAACAGCUUGGGUUGUCUGUCGUGCCUAAUACAUGUUAGUUAAACAAACACUGCCCUAUUGCUCCCUCCUCCCAGAGGACUUGGCUAAGACAGCCUGGGAUGCCCCUGCCCCCUUCUGUCCUCUUCCCAGCCUGCCCAUCUGGUCCUAGGCUGCUUCCUCUUUCCUGGAAAAAAAGCCCCAGGCUUCCUUGGCACUGAGAGAAUGGGGUUCCGUCGAGUCAGGGGAACGGGAAGCUACAGCUCUUAGAUCCCUGGAAACCACGCAAGGCCUAGAAUGGAGGGGAGAGAGAAGGCCCUCAGGGCCUUGGCCCUAAGCCUGGGGAGGGCCAGAAGGGGGUGUGGCGGGGGAGCAGCUGUGUGGGCAGAGACCAAGAUGAAUGAGCUGCUCCUGGAGCUGUCACUGGAAAUAGGAGGAGUGGCCACAGGCAGUGACGCUGAGAACAGGGCAGGAGGCCUGUAAACAAGGAAGCCACCUGGGGGAGACUCAGGGCGGUCACUGGUCCUGGAGAGCAGGUGCUUCCUGAGGCGCGCCCUUGAGAGGGCUCUGGGAGGCUGCCUGGCCAAGUCGUCAGCGGGCACGAGGGGGCGCUGUCGGCCGGCUUCCCGAAACCACUGGCUCUCUUACGCAGCUGCACGGGGAGUGGCCAUCGGAGGGUGUGCCGGCCCAGCGACUGAGGCCUGGCUUUCCCGCGGGGCGGCCCUCCCUUCGAUCCCUAAGGCGGACAGGCCAAGGGCACUAGUCCCGGCAGGGAGGGCACGGGGCUCCAAGCCUGGCCAGUAUGGGUGUGAGCUCACUACCCGUGGGACCAAUUCUCUCCCUACCCCGCUUCCUCCAUCCCAGGGCUCAGGUUGCUUGCUGGGCCCUCAUCAACCCCAUUGGUUGGGAGGGGGCUCCGAGGCCACUAGGCUCCAGCCUGCCCUUGGCGCUGCCCCCGCCCUGCGUCAGGGAAACAAAAGGUUGGGGGCCCAGAGGGAGUUAUCUGGCCCCACCACCACCAAGGGAGGGGUGAGGGGGCCAAGAAGGGCACACCUCCUCCCCACUCCCCCAGCUCCACAGAUUCUUCGAGACACUUUCACAGGCGGAAAUUCCCAGAGGUCAGAGGAGGGAAAUGGUUAAUUCCUUUUAUUCAAUGGGUCCCCCCUACAUGCCUCCCCCCAGCUUCCUCCCUCCACUUCCCGCCCCCCCCCUGUGUGAACAGGAAGUGGAGAGGAAAAGGCUCAGAGCAGAGCAGCUGGGAGCAGGAGGCAGGGAGUGGGCGGCAGGCUUGGUGCCAGCCCUGGCCCUCAUGGCUGCUCGCUGGAGAACCAGACCCUCUGUGGCCUGGGAAAGAACCUGCAAGCCGGCGGGCAAGUGGCAGCGGAGCCGGGUGACAGCCUCCCAUUGGAGUCCCCUCUGUCAACCUGCUUCUAGGUCAAAGGCUGCUACCAGGAGGGCAUGAGGCACGCUCUGUCCAAGCCCCAGCGGCCCCGGCCACUGAGGCCCCACCCCCACUGCAGGCCGGGCAUCGUGAGGCUGGCAGGCAUCUCUUCAGGCAGCCGCCCGGUCCUGGCACUGGCUCCAGCCACUCAGCCCCUUGGCCCUGCCAGUUCUUUGAAGCUCAUGCAGUGCUUCCUGUUUGGGGCAGGCGAUGCCAGAGCCCCUCCCCCACCAUUGUUCUGCAGAGACCAUAGGUCCAUCUGUUGCCCCAUGGUGGGGCCCCUAGGCAGUGCCACACGGGAGCAGCACCACAAAGGACCCUGCUGGCAGCUUUGAUUAUGUGGCGCGAGGCUGGGCCCCCGAAGCAGGUUGAGGGUGAAUGGUGGUCAGAGGCAGGCCCAGCGUGGGCCAUGGGACAGGGAGGAUGCUAGGUAGUUCCAGUGACAGGGCAGCCAGAGCCCCCAGCUUCCUCCACCUCCUGGAGCAUGAUGAUGAUGCUUUUCCUUUGAGACCUAUACCUGCUGAAGUCACCAGGAGAGGGACGCCAUUCCAUGCCCAGUUUCUGAAAGGGAAAACUGAGGCAGACGGGCAAACUUGGGUCUAGGAUGACUGACAAAGGGUGCACAAAGUAGGGUUCUUCUCUCCAGGGGAUCAGUUCUUCUCGCCAAAUGCCUUCCGAUUGGCGGCUUUCCUCUCCCUGAGCUGCUUUGCUGUUUCUUGGCAUUCACCUUGAAGUAGCUCUUGAGCGGAGAGAAGUCAGGAACCACGGGGUCACUGGGAGGUAAGGGUGGCCCUACGUUGGUGACCAGAAACCAGUGUCCACUGAGAACAAGCCCAGGCAGGCCCAGCAGGAAAAGAGAAAGGGGCAUGGGUCUGGCCCCAGGAAAAUGGGUGCUGCUCUCGGUUCCCAGUCUGGCUGUAGCCAAAAGUCUGUUUGUGUUUCUCAGGUAUAUGUGGGGGGAGGUGCAGCUCACCUCCUCUGCCUAAUCGUGCAGCUCUGGCUCCAACCUGCUUCUUCCCACAGGGCUAGAAGCCCAGACGUGGUCUACCCCACUUCCCUUACCAGGUCCUCUGGCUUCUCCCCAGCCCAGGACCUGAAAUACCUAGACCAUGCCUUCCGAAGGUCAGCACGGCAGAGACACCUUAGCUGCUCUUGUUCUAAGAAAAGCCUUCAAGGAUGUUCACAGCCCGAAAUGGAUUUGCUCUGCCUCCCUGGUGGGAGCUGGGCUGGGAGGCCCCCACCCCUAUUUACUGUCUUUCCUCCCCCACCCCAGUCUCUCUCAGAUGCCAGGAUGCUGAGCAACCCAACCGCUGGAAAACCAUUGCGGCCAGUCCCUGGUCCUCAUCUUCCAGAUGCUGAAUCUCAGAGGAGAAGUUGGUGGCUGACACGAGGCUCAAGCCAGGAUCCUGUCCCUUCUCCAUGAAAUUCAGUGACCCUGUGCCCAUCAGGAGGCAAACACGGCUAUAGGCUUCACCGUGCUUGCUCUCCCUCUCCAGCUGAAGUGCUUUGAGCUGACGGGUGGGGAGGUGACUGGAAAGAACAGGUGUAAGUCUCCUCUCUGCCAUUUACCAGCUGUCAGUUUAAUCAUCCCCUCAGAACGUCAAUUUCUUUGCUUGAAAAUGUGAA